UGUUUUCUUUGGGCUGAGCUCAGGAGGUCUGCUUGAUUCGGCCUCCAUGGAUUGCCAAACUUCAAAGAAACGUCAAGAGGCCCGUUUCUACGUUUUCUUCUCUUUUUCAGUUCUCUUCACUUUUCUCUCUCCUCUUCCUCGCUCCCUCUCUCUCUGCUCGACGCCUUUGGCAUAACCCAUCACCCACACCCACAACCGUACGCUUGGGUCUCCCACCUCCAUUCUCUUGCUACUACCACCUUCCGCCACCUGCCGUUCGCUUCAAGCCCUCUUCGGCUCAAUUCCGACGAGGUCACUGGAGCUACCAGCUAGGCCCUCCAGGGUCGGCACCCUUAAAAACAUUGAGGCUGAUUGUGUAGUGAGGAAAGAUGAAAAGCCAGAGCAGUUAUGUGCCGCCCCCUUAUGUGCCUUUGGGACAGUCAGAUUCAGCAUCAGAGAUUGUUCUGGGCAAUGAAGAUAUUCCUACACAUGGUCAUGCCAGCAACGGACCGUUGCAAUGGUCUUCUGGAAUCUGUGCAUGUUUCGAUGAUAUGCAGAGCUGUUGUGUAGGUUUUUUUUGUCCUUGCUUUCUUUUUGGGAAGAAUGCAGAAUUUCUCGGCUCUGGGACUCUGAUAGGAUCGUGCAUGACCCAUUUUAUUUUGUGGGCUCUUUUCAAUUCUGUUUGUUGCUUGUUGACCGACGGCACUUUGUUGGCUUUACCUGGAUUCUUUAUCUCAUGCUAUGCUUGUGGAUACCGUAGGGCUCUACGGUCAGAGUAUAAUUUGCAGGAAGCGCCAUGCGGAGACUUUGUUACUCAUUUCUUCUGCCAUUUGUGUGCCAUCUGUCAAGAGUACCGGGAGAUCCGUGAAAGGUCUGGUGAUUUGGGAUCCCCUGAUCUGAAUUUGGCUGUAGUCACAGCUCCACCAGUGCAGACAAUGGAAUCGGCUUCCAAGGAGUAGCGCCUUACUGUACCCUAGAACUUUCUGCAAGAUCUUUCAAUGAAAUAAAAAGGGAAAUCGGCAACAUCAGUCUUGGGUUGUGCUUUGUGCUUCAUGUCUUUUUACCACAUUACCUCCGGAAAUUCUCCUUGUAGCAGCAUAGAAUGUUGUUUUAGCGGUAAUGAGUUUUUCCUACACAGUGAGAGUGUCUAUUGCAGGUGACUGGAUGGUAAAAAGGAUAUUUUCUUUUGAAAGUAAUUGAAUUUGAACAAUGCAAAGAUAUUUUAGAUAA